ACCCACGCCGACUCGAGUCAAUCACGAAGCCGGGAUCCCCAGAUUAUCAGCCAAACUCUGUUUUUUAAUCCUCCGAACAUCAACAACUUCGAUUUCGAAUUCGAUCUCGACCCGGUUAUUCGGACGAGCCUUGUACAACCACUUUCCGCCCUGUCACAGACGGAUACACAAGUCAUCAGACACCCGAAUUCCUCCACGCCGCGGCAGUAAACACGCCGACACUAUCCCACCGGUCACCCGCGGGCGGCGAAAGUCCAACAGGGUCACCAUCGAACCUCGAAAUUCAUUCGUAAAACCAAUAUCGACAUCUUCUCGCAUACUUGCCUCCGGGUCGCCAGCAAUUUUUCGCUCGAUUCCUCCGCUGUAACUCCGUAAUACAAACCCAGAACCACACCCAUUUCACUCCAACAUGUUGUCGGUUCUUCCCAUGGGCCUUGCCCUCCUCGGUGCUUCUACCGUUCUCGCCCAGACGCCCCCCUCGUGCUCCCUCACCCAGAAGUGCCCCGAGAGCGCACCAUGCUGCUCCCAAUAUGGCCAAUGCGGUACUGGUGCCUUCUGCCUCGGCGGUUGUGAUCCCCGAAUGUCCUUUUCUCUCGACGCCUGCGUUCCCGCCCCCGUCUGCCAGGACAAGAAGAUGUCCAUGAACUCGCUAGACAAGAUCGUUGAUAUCAGCAAGUACUACGGUGACUCGAGCAAGGCCGACUGGGUUUCCCAAGGUGAGCCCGCGCUGUACAACAAGGAGGCCGUUCUCCUCACGAUGCCCGCUAAGAGCGUCGGAACUGUCCUUGCCUCUUCUACCUACCUAUGGUACGGUAGUGUCUCCGCAAAGAUCAGGACAUCGCGUGGUCCUGGUGUCGUGACAGCCUUCAUCUUGUACGGCGACGUGAAGGACGAGAUCGACUACGAAUGGGUCGGUGCCGACCUGGAGAUGUCUCAGACCAACUACUACUUCCAGGGUAUUCCCAAGUACGACCAGUCUGGCAACAUCUCCCUCUCUGACACGUUCAACAACUGGCACACAUACGAGAUUGAGUGGACUCCCGAUGAAAUCAAGUGGAUGGUAGACGGUCAGGUUGGCCGAACCAAGAAGCGCUCCGACACAUGGAACGCGACUGCCCAACAGUGGGACUUCCCUCAGACGCCCGCCCGUGUCCAGCUGUCCAUCUGGCCCGGUGGUGCCGACACCAACGCCAAGGGUACCAUCGACUGGGCCGGAGGCCCCAUCAACUGGGAGCACGAGGACAUCAAGAAGAACGGAUACUUCUAUGCCAUGGUCAAGGAUGUCGAGAUCAACUGCUACAAUGCCAAGAGCUCUCCCGGCACCAACAGCAAGAAGAGUUACUACUACAACAGCAUGAAGGCUACCAACGAUACUGUUGUGGACAGCGACAAGGACACCGUUCUGAAGAGCUUCCUUGGCACCGGUCUCGACAUGAACGCAGGUGCCUCAUCUGCUUCUGGCACCGGCACCGCGGCGCAGCCUACCGCAUCAGCAGCCACGAUUCCGGGUGGAAGCAGCUCUGGCACGGGCAAUGACCACAGCGACAGUGGUAGCAGCUCCUCCGGCUCCGGAUCUUCUGGCUCAGGCUCCGGUGAUUCAUCCGGCUCCGGUUCCGGCAGCAGCAGCGGUUGUGGCAACAGUGGCUUCUCGCAAGACUGCAACAGUGGCUCCAGUGGCAGCUCCGGGUCAACAAGUGAGGGCUUCCGCCGUGAAUCCUCAUUCGGUGCCAGCGCCUUUGCCGCGCUUGUGGCUGCCACUGCUCUCUUUUGGCUAUGAAGUAGAGACUAGAAGGUGGGCUUUGUCAAAAAAACGGUAUAAUGGAUAACGUGAUGCGCUUGCUUGGUUUCGAUUCGGGCUACUUGUAUGUAAUGAGAGCAUUCCUUUCUUU